UCGUUGAUCGUGGCGGUUGAUUCGUUGUUUUCGCUCCGUUUUCGUUGUUAUUUUGUCGGUUUUUAUCGUUAUCCGUUGGUUUCUUUUAGCGGAGUUUGUUUUCAGUGGUUUUCGAUCUGUUUUGUUUGUUUUUUUCUGUGAGUUGCACGCACGCGCAGGCAGCAAAAACAAAUAAAAGGUUGCUUGUUGCAACGUUUUAGUCGUCGACGUCGACGCAGCGCAGGCGCAGCAGAACAACGAAUCAAAUGGAAUUGGUGUUCGCUUCAGCAAGCAAUUAAUUGGAAUUACAUUCAACUGGAAGUGAGUUUAUUUUAAUUGGAAAAAGGAAAACGCUUUGUUUUUAAUUGUAUUGGCAACGCAAACUGGUGGAAAAUUGUGGCAAACUUGUGUCUCCCCCAACUGUCAUUGUCUUUGGCAUUGGGCAACAUUUUAAUUGAAAAAGUUUUGCCAGCUCUCGCACACAGGAGAGAUGACUGUGAAAUUGGCCAAGCUGUUUGGGGGCGUAACCGGGGGCGUUGAGGUCCUGGACUCGGGCAAUUCGCCACAUCAGGAGCAACAUCUGCAGCAGCAGCAGCAGCAUCUGCAACAGCAACAUCAGCAGCAGCAACCACUGGCUGCACCGCAGCAACAUCUGCAACAACCACCGCCUCUGCCGCCACCGAAUGCGAAUAUGAAGAGUCUAAAGUAUUACGAGCACCUGCAGGCCACCUACGAUUGCCAAGAUCUGAUGGACCACGAUCAGGAUGACUACGAGGACACCUGUAUGCAGCGCAACCAUCCGUACAACAAUUCCCAGAGGCCGCUGUUGGGCGAUAGACGGCCCCAACUGACGGUGAUGAGUGUGGGCAAGAAGGGAAAGUCGGGCAGUGCCCAGCAGAAUCAUCCGCUGCCACCGCUUCCCCCCCUGCGGACCUACGUCUCACCCUACGUUCAGCAACAGAAGCGGGACAGUGCCAAGGGAUUGCACGGAUUCAACGAUUUCGAUGCCCUGUCACAGCAGUACAACCAGCACCUGCAGAGUCCCCACAUUGGCUAUCCCUAUGGCAGUCCACCCUCGCCAACGGCGCAAUCCAGUGAUUUCUGUUUCGAUCGGCAGACCGGAUUGGUCAUGCUACCCGGAACCGCUGGCCAGAUCAUCUCGAGCAGUUCGAGCAACUGCAGCAGCUCGCACACCACCUCCACCUCCUCGCCCACUAGGUAUUACCCAGAUCCUCCGGCCAGCAAUGCUCAGUAUUCCUCCCGAUUCGAGGACGACUUCUGCAUGCGUCGUCCUGUCCUCACGGAGAGCUCAUCACCCACCGCCAACAUCGCCGGAGGAGCAGGAGGAGGACCCUUCAUCUUUGGCAUUGCACCGGAGCAACAGGUCACGGAUUACGGCAGCAAUCCACUGCCACCAACGCCCCCUCAGCUGAAACAACAAUCUGUGAUUAGCCGAAGUCCUUUGCAACAAUCGCUGAGCGACACCAGUGCCGCCAGCAGCGGCAAGGGCUCCAAAUUCUUACUGCGUAAGCGUAAAUCAAAGAAGACAACCGCAGCAACAGCAGCCACAACAACAGCAACAGCUGAGGCCGCAACAACGGCCAAAAAGGGUGGCAAAAAGGCUGUCACCCCUUCGCAGCCCUCGAUCAAGUGCGUCCUGGUGGGCGAUGGAGCUGUGGGCAAGACGAAUCUGAUCCUGUCGUAUCUGGAGAACCGCUUCAAUCCCGAACACAUACCCACGGCCUCAGACAUUUAUAAUGCCGAUGUCAAUGUGAACGAGAGUCCGGUGCACCUGACGCUCUGUGAUACCGCCGGCCAGGACACCUUGGAUCCGCUGAGGGAGCUCUGCUAUCCGGACAGCGACGUCUUCCUGCUCUGCUUCUCGGUGGUGAAGCCGGAAUCGUUUCGGGCCAUCAAGGCCAAGUGGGCGCCCAAGUUCGCCAAGACCAAGGCCGCCCUGAUUUUGGUUGGCACCCAGGCCGAUCUUCGCACCAGCCCCAAUGUCCUUAACAAGCUGCAGACAAAUGGCGAGAAAGCAAUUUCAUAUGCAGACGCCUGGGAUUUGGCAACAACAAUUGGCGCAAAAUACAUUGAGACUUCGUCAGCCACACAGGACAAAGUCAAGGAUGUGUUCGACACAGCCAUUUGGGAGGGCCUCGUGCCCACCACCCUGCCGCCCACGCCCUCGUUCUGGAGGAAGCUCUUCUGCCUGGCCUGAAAUUCGAAAAACCAACUCAACUCAACACACGAUUUAUUAUUUUUUUGGAUAGCUAUAUAUUAACUAUUAUUAUUUAUAUUGAACAUUUUUUUUAUUUAGAGAUUUUCGUUUAGCAGUGCUUGCACACAGACUGAUCUACACAUAAACUAAAAUAAUAAACUAAACAAAAAAAUUAAUGUAUAAUUCCUGAACGAAUAUGUUUGCAUGAUAGAUUUUUGACUCGUAAUCAUGUUUGUGGUUUCUUUUACCAUUUUUUGCUAAAUUUGUAGUCUUAAACUAUGUAAAACUGAUUAUAUCGCCCAGACCCACAACUAUGUUACAUCAUUCCAUCCAUUUUUAAGCAUUACGUUUUAAGCAAAUAUUUCAAAUAUUGUAUAUCGAAGGCAGCAUUAAAUAUAGAUGCGAA